AAAUUUACUUGCCGACAGCAAUCAUAGAUCACAUCUUACAUUUAUAAUCUAAACCAGCCCCUGACCUGCACAUCAUUUAUAAAUUUCAAAUCUCAUCAUCAAUAAAACAAGCCUCAACAAAAUCCCUGCAUUGACCAUGGCCUCCGGCACCACCAAGACGCUCUCCCUUCUCCUCAUCUUCUUCUUCGCGGCUACCGCAGCCAUUGCUUCCAGCCUCCGUUCCACCAAAGCAAGAGCUCACGAUGACGACACCUGCGUUUACACAAUCUACAUCAGAACGGGAAGCAUCUGGAAAGGCGGGACGGACUCAAAGAUAAGCCUGACGCUCGCUGCAUCAGACGGCUGGGGCGUGGAGAUAACGGAUCUAGAAGAUUGGGGAGGCCUGAUGGGCGAAGGUUACAACUAUUUCGAGAGGGGAAACCUCGACAUCUUCUCUGGCCGAGCUCCAUGCCUCUCCGGCCCACUGUGCUGGCUGAAUCUCACAUCGGAUGGAUCUGGUGAGCAUCAUGGAUGGUACUGUAACUACGUCGAGGUCACCACUACAGGACCUCAUCUCGGAUGUUUCCAGCGUCAGUUCACCAUCGAGCAGUGGCUCGCAACAGAUACCUCACCAUAUAAGCUAUAUGCGACCGUUGAUUACUGUUCUUCUGAUGACGACGGAGUUUCUAAUGGUCCUCGGCUGCUUAGGCCCGCCGUCGCUGGCCGGAAGGAGAAGCUGGAGUUCGAUUAGGGUUUCACGCGAUCGACAAGAUUGGGUUUUGGUGUGGCCACCGUUUGUGGACAGAUGGGUGACGAUAUGAGAGUUUGUACGGUGUGGUGUUAGUCGGUCUUGAUGUGUGUGUAAUAAAUGUCGUUAUGAUUUCGACGGUGGAUCGUGCUGUUCUGUUUUCUGGCUGGGUAAUGAGAUCUCGGCGUCGGUUUUGUUC